CGUGACGGUCCCGGUGCCGCCGCCGCCAUGGCCGCCCGCCUGCUGCCCGUUGUCAAGUUUCUGAUCAAAGGAGGCCUGGCUGGAGCUGCUGUGUACGUGGCACAUGACCAGGGGCUGCUGGGCAGUGGCAUAGAAGGUGCUGAAGCACUCAGAAAAGCUCAAGAAACGCUGCCUCCAACUAUCCAAGAGUGGACAGAUUACCUGGGCUGGGAGCUCCCACCCACUCCAAAAAUUGACUUUUCCCUCUCUGCUUACUGGAAUAAAGGGGUGCACAGAGUCAUGUCUGCCUUGUCUGUAGCUCCCACCAGGGCCUGUGAAUACACAGUGGAAGGCUGGAAAUACGUGAAGGAUCUUGUGAAAUGAACAGGAUUCUCAGUCCACCGCUCUGGAGGGCAGCUUGGCUGUGUAAGGGCUACAAUAAAAGACUUCGGUGGAACUUCCAUUUGUAUUUGGGUUGGUUUUAGCCUGCAGAGUGGAAUAAUUGCUUUGUCUUAGCACUGAUCCAAGGCUCCAGGAAUCACAGAUAGUUGUGAUGAAGUGAUGGCCAUGUGCUAAGAACAGCUGUUCUAAAACUUAGAAAUGAAAUAGAUUAUCCUGAAGCUGAAUUAAUCUUGAAGGUGAAUGCCAUCUAAUUCAAACCAAGCCAACAAGAAUUAAAAAAAAAAAUUAAAAAUCCAAGGUUACAGUAAAAGAUGCUGUAAAAGAUGGCCUAGGAGGAUUAUAAAAGUACAGGGGAGAGUAACUGAUCAAAAUUUAUCUGCAUGAAACCAUUUGUUAGCUUGCACUAUGCCCCAAUUGGCAGACUGUGCACAUUUUCGUUUUAAUGUGGAUGAAAACUUUCACAAGGUCACUUUUCGGUCACAGCCCAAGCAAAUGUAAGGAGCACCAGUGGCCUGGAGGGCACCACUUGUAAAAUAAAAGUUACAAAUUGA